UCCUCCCUUGGGCCAUGGCGGACCACUUGAGUAAAUUAGACAACGACGUUAUAGUUUACAUAUCCGUGAAAAGCACCCAAAAUGUAUGGACGUACUUCAUAAAAUGGAAGCUAAUGAUUGGAUAGCUCGAAGAGAAAUUUCAGAAGGGUCUGGAGAGAAGGUGUGCUGGGUUGCACUUUUAAAGAGGCUCCGAAUAGCGCAAGGUGACAUGAAAAAGGCAUUUGACGUUAUUGCUGUUCAGAAAGUGCAACGAGAAGGAGGAGCACAGACGAGGCACUUGUCGGGAACCCCGGUUGUUGUGUGUAUGCGCAUUCUGCGGCGCUCACGGGACUUCAUGCCGGCUGAGAUUGUUCGACCCUCGUGCAUGACCACCCUCUCUGAUAUUUCCGUCAUUGCCAUUCAUCUCGAUAUGAACUGGAAGGAGUUUAAUCCCAUUACUGGAACGCUACUUGCCGAUGGGCCAGGCCAAUUGAUUACUUCAAGAGUUGUUCGCUCGCUAAGUCUAUGCAUCGAAUAAACCGGAACUGAACGUCUGGUGCCUUCUGAUACUCGUCAGAUCGUUCGCUCUCGUCGCAGUAUAGGUGACCUAUUACUAAACUCCUACCUCCUUAUUGCUGGUUAUCCGAUUUUGAUCUUCGGCAUCGUUCCGGGGAACAAAAAUCUAAGCUGCUUUGAUCGAGCGAUGGGGACGUUAGAUGAAAUCAUAGGCUUCUUAGAUUU